AUGCUCGAUCCUCGGCAAAUAUUUAUGAGUCCAUUCAUGUACAAUAUUGAUCCAACUACAUUAGCAUUACUCGAAAAGCCACCUAGUCAAAGUAAUGGUGGUGGUAAAAUGACUUUAGGCAAUUCUUUUCGGAUUUCUGAUAUUCUUGAAUCAAGUGAAAAUAAAGCGAAUACGAGUGGUGAACGAGAACCUACACCGCUGGGUGAAGAAGAGAGAAGUGUAUCAGCAGAAUCACACCGGUCAGGAAGUCCACAUUCUUCUGCGAGUUGUAGCAAGAAAGCACGGAAAGCUCGUACCAUCUUUACAGAUAAACAACUUCAGGAAUUGGAAGCCACCUUCGAUAAGCAAAAAUAUUUGAGUGUACAAGAUCGUAUGGAUUUGGCACAACGAAUGGGCUUGUCAGAUACCCAAGUAAAAACUUGGUACCAAAAUCGUAGGACGAAAUGGAAGCGGCAAGCAGCAGUUGGUAUGGAUUUACUAAAUGAAGCUUCAAAUGUCGCUGCAGUGCAACAGUUAUUACGAACUAAUCCGUAUUGGGCGAACUAUAUGGCGGCCACUUCACUCUCCCAGCCAAGGUUCUUUCCAAUGCAGAAUGCUGUGCUUCAAGGCCCAUUACCUUUGGCAUUGGCUGGAACUGUAUCGAAUUCAUUGCCACCACCCCAAGCUCUAACAAGUAUCAAUGCAUCGGCAACAAUAUCAUCAUCAACACUGACGCCACCAUCUUUGACCUCUACUGCACUACCUCUCGCAAUGUUUCCAUUUCAUCUACCAUCUGCUGGUUAUACGCUAAGUCUAAGUCAUUGUAACUUGCCAGAAAGUUCGAAAACUCCAUCAAUAUCUGAGACAAAAUCAGAGACAAAAUCUGAAUGA